GUACAGGGUGAUAACACAUUGACGGGCUGAGUUGCUGCCAUAAGCUUUGCACUUAAAAGAAACAAUGCAACUCGCUUCCAGGGCCCUAGCGGCUUCCGCCGCGGCCCUCUCGGCCCCUCGGGCUGCGAAAUGUGCAGUUCCGGCACCGGUUGCCGUUUCAGCGUCUCGUAGCAAGGCUGUUGCGCCCACCCGCCGCAGCCAGGGUCCGGGACGCCAGGUCUCCGUUAAGGUCGCUGCACCCGAGUCCCCCGCCUCGUCGGGUGAGGUGAUUGUCAACUUUGACAACACCACGGACUCUGGCUACACAGUCAUCAGCGUGCAGGCGAACAACAAGCCGGGUCUGCUGACCUCUAUCACGGCCCUCUUCCGCGACCUGGGCGUGGACGUGGGUAAGGCCGUUGUGGAGGGCGACGAGGACAGGAUCAAUGACAAGUUCUACGUCCGGUCGCUGUCUGGCGGAAAGCUGUCGGAGGACAAGGCGGCUGACUGCGUCAAGGCCCUCGAUGUGCUGCUGCGCUCGAAGCCCACCGGCACUGAGGCUACCCGCCCCAAGUUUGAGAACACCGCUGCCACAGGUGGCACGGGCAAGGCGCGCCUGUACACGUUGAUGGACACAUACAUGAAGAACGACGUGCUGAGCAUCCAGGAGGACAUCGUCAACCACGUGGAGUACACGCUGGCCCGCUCCCGCGUCAACUUUGACAACUUCGAGGCCUACCAGGCCACCUCGUUCUCGCUGCGCGACCGCCUGAUCGAGCGCUGGAACGACACGCAGACCUGGUUCAAGGAGAAGGACCCCAAGCGCGUCUACUACUUGUCCAUGGAGUUCCUGAUGGGCCGCUCGCUGCUCAACACCCUGUACAACCUGGACAUCAAGGAGUCGUACCAGGAGGCGCUGGCGGAGCUGGGCUACGACCUGGAGACGCUGGCGGACCUGGAGCGCGACGCCGCGCUGGGCAACGGCGGCCUGGGCCGCCUGGCCGCCUGCUUCCUGGACUCCAUGGCCACGCUCAACCUGCCCGCCUGGGGCUACGGCAUCCGCUACCAGUACGGCAUGUUCCGCCAGACCAUCCAGAACGGCUUCCAGCACGAGCAGCCCGACUACUGGCUGACGUUCGGCAACCCCUGGGAGAUUGAGCGCCUGAUCGUGUCGUACCCCAUCAAGUUCUACGGCCACGUGUCGGUCGUGAACGAGGACGGCCGCCAGCUGUUCCGCUGGAACGCCGGCGAGACGGUCACGGCUGUGGCGUACGACAACCCCAUCCCCGGCUUCGGCACCCGCAACUGCAUCAACCUGCGCCUGUGGGCCGCCAAGCCCUCGAAGGAGUUUGACCUGGAGGCCUUCAACACCGGCGACUACGUUGCCGCCAUCCUGAGCAAGCAGCGCGCCGAGACGCUGUCAUCGGUGCUGUACCCCGAUGACCGCACCUACGAGGGCAAGGAGCUGCGCCUCAAGCAGCAGCACUUCUUCGUGUCCGCCACCAUCCAGGACUGCGUGCGCCGCUACCGCGACGCGCACCCCAACGACUGGGAGCAGUUCCCGGAGAAGGUGGCGUUCCAGCUGAACGACACGCACCCCACCAUCGCGGUGGCGGAGCUGAUGCGCGUGCUCAUGGACGACCACAAGCUGGGCUGGACCAAGAGCUGGGACAUCUGCAACAAGGUGUUCGCCUUCACCAACCACACGGUGCUGCCCGAGGCGCUGGAGCGCUGGCCCGUGGCGCUGAUCGAGAAGCUGCUGCCGCGCCACAUGCAGAUCAUCUACGACAUCAACUGGCGCUUCCUGCAGACGGUGCGCAACAAGUUCGGUGACGACUGGGAGCGCAUCAGCCGCAUGUCCGUCAUCGAGGAGCAGCCCAACGGCGAGAAGAUGGUGCGCAUGGCGUUCAUGGCUGUGGUGGCCUCGCACACCGUCAACGGCGUGGCGGCCAUCCACUCGGAGAUCAUCAAGGAGACCAUCUUCAAGGACUUCUACGAGCUGUGGCCCAACAAGUUCCAGAACAAGACCAACGGUGUGACGCAGCGCCGCUGGCUGGCGUUCUGCAACCCGCCGCUGCGGCAGCUGAUCACCAAGAAGCUGGGCAACGACGACUGGAUCCUGCACCUGGACAACCUGCGCGAGCUGCGCAAGUACGCCAACGACCCCGAGUUCCAGACCGAGUGGCGCGGCGUCAAGUCGGAGGCCAAGAAGAAGGCCGCCGCGCUCAUCCACCGCCUCACGGGCGUGCGCGUGAGCACCGACGCCAUGUUUGACAUCCAGAUCAAGCGCAUCCACGAGUACAAGCGCCAGCUGCUCAACGUGCUGGGCAUCAUCUACCGCUACGACCAGAUCAAGAAGAUGACGCCGCAGCAGCGCAAGAGCGUGGUGCCGCGCGUGUGCGUCAUCGGCGGCAAGGCGGCGCCCGGCUACGAGAUGGCCAAGCGCAUCAUCAAGCUCAUCUGCGCCGUGGGCGACAAGAUCAACCAGGACCCCGACAUGGGCGACCUGCUCAAGCUGGUGUUCCUGCCCGACUACAACGUGUCCAGCGCCGAGGUCAUCAUCCCCGCCACCGAGCUGUCGCAGCACAUCUCCACCGCGGGCACGGAGGCGUCGGGCACGUCCAACAUGAAGUUCACCAUGAACGGCUCGCUCAUCAUCGGCACCCUGGACGGAGCCAACGUGGAGAUCGCGGAGGAGAUCGGCGACGAGAACAUCUUCAUCUUCGGCGCCAAGGCGCACGAGGUGGCGCGGCUGCGCGCGGAGCGCCGCAACCUGCACGUGGACGAGCGCUUCAACCACGUGGUCAACAUGAUCCGCACCGGCCACUUCGGCUGGGAGGAUUACUUUGGCCCCGUGGUGGACGCCAUCACCACCGGCGGCGACUACUACCUGGUGGCCAACGACUUCCCCGGCUACCUGGAGACGCAGUUCCGCGCGGACGAGGUGUACAAGAACCAGACGGAGUGGACGCGCAUGUCCAUCAUGGCCACCGCCGGCGGCGGCAAGUUUUCCACGGACCGCACCAUUGCCGAGUACGCGCGCGACAUUUGGCACGCCGAGCCCUGCCAGGUGCCGCAGCCCGAGGCCAAGUCCAAGUCCAAGCCCGCCUCCUCGUAAAGCGGAGGUGUGGUGGGCGAAGGCGGGGCUGCACGGCGCGGUGGCGGCGGCGGCGGCGGACACGAGGCAGCGGCGCGGGCACAUGGCGGUGGCAGUGGCGGCAGGGCGCGUCCGUUGGCACCGUGGCGGCGGCGGCCGCCGCGCUGCGUGCAAGUGUGUGCGGCGAAGAGGCGCAGCGGCUGGAAGAGGGCCGCUGGUGACUGGUGUGUGGCAGGGGAGGCGGGGGCGGUAGAGACCCCAGGCGCUGGCGCUAGGGGGGUGCCUUGACAGGCCGACAUACUCAGUACUGAUGCAGCAAGCACCUAAAACGUAUUGAUUCGAUUGAUAGACAGGACAGGGCAACGCCCGGGGAGUCACAUGGGCCCCCCGCGAUCGCCGCGCCACGGCUUGGUAUCUAAGAGGCACAGCAGUCUGCUCCUGCUUCGUAUGAAGGGUUGCGGCCAGGAGCGGCGCCUGCGUGAUCGGCGCACGCUGUGGGUGCGGGCACCCUGCCGCCGGGACCGCUUCACACGGGACCCCGGCGGCCGGGAGCGCUCUCGCACCGCGCGUGCCUGCCUGCUGUUGCAGUGCAUGAAGAGAUCUGACGUGGGCAUAUAGACGAAGAAGAAGCGGGCUGGGCGGCGGCAUGUGGUCUGUGUGCUGGGCGCCGCAGGGCGGGCAGGCGCGGGAGGUGGCGCCGCAAGUAUGUGUAGGACACACGGAGGAUGCAACGGGCGUGCUGCCUGUCGGGGUUAGGUCCGUGCAGUGGUUGGUGCGCAGUGGCUGCGGCGCACCAUCACUGAUUCUUUACCAGAAUGACGUUCGGGAUGGGCAAUAGGAACGCUGCUACGAUACGACGUGGAUGGUUAAUUUCAAGGGUGCACCUGACCGGUAUUAUGAGGGUUGGCAGUUGCCCGUAUUUGUUGAGGGCCCGGUUGCAACAAAUUGUUGCAGCGUGGGGCUUGGUGCGGGCCUGGCCGGACCAGGCGGACGAGCAGGAGAAGCCGCAUGGCAAAAUAAUGGAUGGGUCAAUGGAAAUGGCAAAUGACCACACGGGUUCGCCCAAACGCGCCCUCCACAUGGCGGGGCCGUUGGGGAAACCCGGAUGCUGUGAAGACAGGAUUCCGCUGGAAGCGCUUCUCCGUCC